AUGACACAAAGCAUCAAUCCUUACAGCAAAAAGAAGACGAAGAAUAUCACAGCUGCCACUCAAACUACGAGCCGUCCACCACCACCAUUGGUAUCCACCUCGGCACCCAACAGCACAAAUAACUCGUUCCCAGUAGCAAAGGCACCACCGAAGCCAAUGGCGGGCAAUGUUAAUACCCACCACCACCACCAGCAGCAGCAAUCCAUAGAAUCAAAAAAGAAGAAUGAUGCAUCCAUGAUGGAAGAAGAAGAGGACGAUUUUGGAGAUUUUGAUUUUGGCGAUGACGUCAUGGCCAAUCUAGACAAUUUGUUAUCCAUGAGAUCCUCGACCGAAGUCAACGAGGAUGAAGGGGAUAAUGAUGAUGCGGCAGCGAAACAACUACCUGUGGCCACCACAAAAGCUAGUAUUGAUCAUGCCAGGAGUCACCUCACAACCACCAAACCCAUGAUUCAAAGUCCAACCGAAGUGGACGAAUUUGGAAGCCUGCCACAUUUGGAUUUGGAUGCUUUGGAUGCUUUGGAUGCAUUGGAACAGCAAAAGCCCAGAACAACAGCAACAACAACAACAAGUGUCAAACAAAACAUCAUCUACGAACCACAUAGUAGCAGUCCAAGUAACAACAGCGAAGAGGAUGAAUUUGGAUGUCUUCCUCCUUUGGAUUUGGAUGCGAUCGAUGCCGCAAUGACGCAACUACCGAGAGAUGAUGUGCAACAAGAUCAAGCGGCAGAUGAGUUUGGAGACUUUCCCGAAUUGGAUUUUGAUGCCAUGGAUCAGGCCAUUGUCAAAAGGAGUACUCAAGACCCUCAUGAUGCUUCCAUGGGCUGUCAUUUACCAAUGAAUGCUCCCAUUCGGAAUCCAAGACGAGAAGGAUGGAAUCAAGAGGAUUCCUACAUUGACUUUGCAAGGUACAAGGUGAUUGAUGUGGUAGAUGACACUACCAGUUACACCAAGACACUCUCAGUGGCAGUCUGGACAGAUGAGAUGCGGAAGGAAAUUGAAAAGGAAAAGGACUAUCAUAGGGAUUGUCAGGUAACCAUCGCAAAAGCAGAAGAGGAUAUUGCUCACCAAUCUGCGGAAGAGCAAGGAAAGAGGACUCACAAGUACAAGCCAGACGGGCUUCUGCAUCUGCGUGGAGAGUGGUAUUAUACGCCCUUGGAGCCGGGAGAUAUCGUCCAUUUGUGCUCCCUUUCUGGUAAAUUUCGGACCGACAGCAAAGCGUUGCCGAUUAUUCUGCACAAUCCGCCACCACAAGACAGUGACUAUGAUGAUCUUGUCUUGGUUAUUCAUCCGGAUAUUUUGAUGAUCCCUACCAGUAUCAGCGAGACGGUCACUUGCUCUCGUCGUGCAGUUUUGAAAUCUAGAAUUGGCUCCACCGGGCUCACUGCCAAGGCACCACUCUUUGGAACGAUGCGACACGAGCUCUUUGGUUUAUGCCUGCGAGAGAACAAGUACGAUAUGCGAUUUGCAAAACGAGCCAUUCGCAACAUGGUCCGGGAAAAUGCAGAAGGCCUGCUUGGUUGCGGUGUGUCUACGUUGGAAGCCCAACAAGAGGUUCUGAAAGUUGUCCCUAUCAUUCAAAACUUUGUUGGACAAUACUCGAACUUUGGAAAGGAAAUUCCUGAUUCUAAUGCAGUAUCCAAUGCUGCCCGAAUUGAAGGUAACGGGUACCAAUCAAACAUCAAAUUUCUGACUCACAAGGUGCAUUCCAUUGAGGAGCCUAUUGUGUCUCCCGAGCUUGCCCUGAAGGGAAAUAUUGAUGGAGUGUUGGAAGCAGCUACGGUGGAGCUUGAAGAUAAGCCACUCAUGCCGAAUGAAACCAGGAACCCUUUUCCUCAAAAUUCGUUGAUGUGCUUGGAACUCAAGACUGGUCACAACCAGAGGACGCAGAAUGCUCACAUGGCACAGCUUGCUCUCUACACCCUGAUGCUGCAGACGCGAUAUGGUUCCAAUCGGACCAAGUUGAGUGAUGUCGACAAUGUGAUUGCCGGUCCAGCAGGAGCUGCCGCUGGUGGAUUACUUUUGUACUUGAAUGCACAAGGAAUUGCAGCCUCUCAUGUUUCUCCCCUUCUGAACGAGACCAAGAGCCUACUGGGUCAAAGGAAUGUUGUCGCAAGUGGUCUUCAGCGAUCAUCGCGCCCAAGAGGAAUCGUUCUGUCAUAUGACGAUGGAAAUCGAGAUGAGAAUUGGGUAGCACCAAGCGCGAAACUCCUUCCUCCGCCGCCGGCAGUUUUGCCGGAGGUUUUGCCCUCUCCUCAGAGCGGUUGCGAACGUUGCUACAUGAAUCGGGAGUGCAUGGUGUAUGCAGCUACUGAGCCCAAGACCUUAUCCGAUCCAAAUUGGGCAAUAGGUGUCUCACACGCGGCACUACUCUCUAGAUUUAUCGGACAGUUGCAUGACUCUGAUCUGGAUUACUUUCGGAAUUGGGAUAGGCUGAUCGAUGUGGAAGCAGAUGCUUCAAAUCAGCUCAUGACCACUGCCUGGCUAUCAGAGGCGCAGAAGCGUGAAAGAGAAGGCCGUGACUCUGUUUCUGGCCUUAUUUACGUCCAAGCCGAACCGGACCCAAAUCAAGAUCAUGUUUUGCUUACCUUUCAACGAGCUCCAUUUUCACUAUCCCAAUCUCCGCUUGACGAUCUCGCGCUUUCGAAAGGGAGCCAUGUCGUGGUUAGUACUGACACAACUUCGCUGGUCCAUAGCUCUGAAGAUAGAGAGAGUCGUUCCUCUCAGAAUGGCGGAAAGCGAUUUCGAAAUCGAAUGCACGUUUUGCGUGGAGUUGUGGAAGAAGUCCACUUUGAUAGGUUCAUGCUUUUGACAGGACGGGAGGAUCUCGAACGAAUGCGAGACCUCACUUUGCAGUACAAGAAGUUUUGUCGGACGCAUGGAGAGGGAAUGCCACACCUCUGCUUUCGAUUUGACAAGGAUAGCUCAUCUGUUGGAAUCACAACUCUCCGACAGAACUUGAUCAACUUUCUCACAGCAGAUUAUGCGGCUAAAGAGGGUGACCAAUUGUCCCAGGUCAGAAUUGCGAAGCAGACUCGGCUGCCAAGAUUGCGGGAUCUCAUAGUGCGACUGACAGCUCCUGGUUUCCACGAGGCCUUCACCUUGGAUUCGAUAUUCACGACCAAUGCUCCAAGAUUGAAUGGAUGCGACAUGAAAGCUCUAUCAACUGAGUUUUCAUCCCUUAACUCCGAUCAGAAAGAUGCCGUUGUCAAAGUCGUGAGUGCCAGCGACUACACCUUGCUCCAGGGACUACCUGGAACUGGGAAAACUACUACUCUGGCAUUCAUCGCUCGGCUCCUUGCUGCUCGAGGGAAAAGGGUGCUGAUUGCAUCGUACACCCAUUCAGCAGUGGAUAAUGUUGUGAUGAAGCUAAUGGAAAAAGGAGUGGGAUCGGUUGCUGCUAGUUGCCCAAGUUCCCAGCUGAUCCGAAUUGGCAAAAGAUCAUCUUGUCACCAGGCUGUACGAUCAUUGAUUGCUUCAGAACUUGCCUUGGAAGUAGACCGUUCAAAUGGCAGAGGUUCCAAUAGUCUCACUCAGACAGAGAACUAUCAAAAUUUCAAGGAUCCGUCGGUGGAAUCACUGAGAAAAGUUGUCUCUUCUGCUAGAAUUGUUUGCGCGAGCGCUUUAUCUGUCCCCCGUUCCCCUUUGCUGACUCAUGAAAAUUUCGAUGUUGUGAUCAUUGAUGAAGCAGGACAGAUAAGUCAACCAGCAAUCUUGGGAGUAUUAGUUGCUGCAGACUCCUUUGUUUUGGUUGGUGAUCACAAACAACUUCCUCCUUUGGUAAACAGCCAAAUUGCAGAGACUGGAGGUUAUGGUGUAUCAAUGCUGCAGCGAUUGGCCGAGAAGCAUCCGAAAGCAAUCGCAACUCUGACAUAUCAAUAUCGUAUGAACUCUGCAAUUUGUCGGCUGAGUAGUGAAGCAGUGUAUGGUGGAAGAUUGAAAUGCGGGAACGAAGCCGUCAAAUCUCGAGCUUUGCAACUGCAAGGGUUCCCGAAAUCUUUGCCGAAAGCAGCUUCAGCAAAAGCGUACCCUUGGCUGAGAGCCGUCGUCGAUCCAAUGAAAAGCGUGGUAUUUGUCGACACCGACAAUGUGAAGAAAUCUCCUCGUCAGACCCCUCCAACGAACGAGGAGGAAUUCGUCAUGGAGCCACUUGAGAGCAACGUAGGAGGUAAAUCGGGCGGUAACGUCAUCAACAGAACAGAAGUUUCGCUGGUCAGUAUCAUUAUUGCUGGCUUAGUGUCCUGUGGAGUUUCUCCAGAAAAUGUUGGAGUCAUUUGCCCCUUUCGUGCACAACUUCGAAUUUUCGAAGAGGAGACGAAGAUGUGCAACUGGAAAAAGCAAGGAUUGGAGCUGUCUACAAUUGAUCGCUACCAAGGCCGAGAUAAAGAGGUCAUCAUUCUUUCGACUGUCCGCAGCAAUUCGUGUCACAAAGUCGGCCGCCUUCUUGCGGACAUGAGGCGGAUGAAUGUCGCAUUAACUCGUGCCAAAUCAAAGCUAAUCAUUGUUGGUUCUUUUUCCACACUUUCCAACGGAAGCAAGCCACUGAAACCCCUCUUGGCCAGAGUCAACAGAAGAGGGCAACGCUUUUUGCUUCCGGAAGAUGCAGUCAAAUGUUACAAUCUGUAA